UUCCUGGAUUUCGGCGAGCCAUUGCGCGCACCCAUGUCCCAUCGACGCGACGGAGUUCGUGUGGAGAAGAGCAAGAGCCUGUCCAAAAUAAUACCAUUUUCUCAUAUUAAGGCUUAUCUUAGGCUAGAUCAAUUUAACGCUUUAUCCAGUAGAGAAACAGGAGAGACAUCGAUGCGCUUUGAUUUCCGUCUACGUAAGACGGUUCGGGACAGCGGCGUUCUGGUCCGAUUCAAACAGGUGGAACACGAAUCAGGUGGAGUUGGGAGGAGGAGGGUAUCACGACAGACCGGGCUGCUAUAGCCAUUCCUUCUAAUUAGUUGUGGACCCGUGCUAAAAUAUGCACUCCUUAUUCUAGCCUUACUUAACGUCAAAUAGGCUACCACGUUUUGUUGUAUCUGAUAUUCAAACGGCGAAUCUUUAUAGAUUGGAGACCUUUAACACACAGGUGGGAGAUACCCGUUUAAUAGGACGGCACCUCUUUCAGUUCCUCGGCGCAGGAUAUGAGCUACUGACAUUUGUUAUUACCCUUUGGGACAGGAGACGAACGGUUUCCGCUAACAGGUGUGAGAGUACACCACUCGUUCAUUGCCUGAUACGGAAUCCUUCCUCAUUGUUCGCAGAAAUAUCAAUCUAACUCGUAUAUGGCUCCCUUUCUAACCAGGAGAGGGACAUUUAACAGUUAAUUGAAAUAAAUCGAUAAAUCGAAUAAAAUAGUGCAUUAUUAGUGUUUGGAGUUAUUUUUGAGACCCCGUCCUCCAAUCUAAAGGGACACGGGACAUCAGAGAGAAAUCAUGUCAACGAAAAAACCCAGCGUGGAUUUACCCAAAAGGAGCAGAAGCCCGGUGGCGUUUGAAGGAGAGAUUUUCGGCGAAUUUCAGGACUGGUGUCUCCGUACUUACGGGGACUCGGGUAAAACAAAGACAGUCACCCGGCGAAAAUACAAUAAGAUUCUCCAGACCCUUUCACACACCGAUGAGUCGGACCCUGUCUACAUCGAGAGCAACCACAUCAACGCCAAAUUCAAAUUCUGGGUGAAGUCCAAAGGGUUCCUUGUUGGGACAAUUCAAGGGGACCUGAACAAGAAUGGAGCCGCCGACAGACCUGUCCUGUAUGUCCCUAUCAAGGCGACGUGUGCGGAUGGGGGCUCUGGGUCCGACUCCUCUCUGAAGAGGGUGGCAGUGGUGGAGGACUUCUUUGACAUCAUCUAUGCCAUGCACGUAGAUAUCAGCGCCGACCCUGGCAAAUCACCCAAACACGCCGGACAGAAGAAGACCUACAAAGCGAUUGCGGAGACGUAUGCCUUCCUGCCCAGGGAGGCAGUGACCCGUUUCCUGAUGAACUGUGGCGAGUGUCAGAAGAGGAUGCAUAUCAGCCCGGGUGGAGCAGAGUUCAAAGAGAAUGACAGACCGACAUCACUGGUGCCGGAUCUCAUCGACUACAACAUGCCGCUCACCACCACCUAUCUGAAGCAGAUGAAGCUUCAGUACAUGAGUACAAAUGAGCAGGAUGAGAGUUCAGUGAGCAGUGAGGACUUUGAUAUGACCGACCCCACAUGGAUAUCAGCUGAUCACGGCCCUGCUUCCAACCUGAGUCCCCGGAACCACGGAGAGAGAAUGCACAGCCCUCAGAACUCUCACAUUAAGGAGGAGGACGACGACUCAUCCUCAGAGAGCGGCAGCGGGAACGGCAUGCACACCAUGACACCUCCGUCCGCGGGUGGGGCGGCCCCGGGGUCGGAGGGGGGAGCGGGUGGACCCCCUUACAGGGAGAUGGUAAACGGCAAUGGGCCCCCGGCCCCGCUGGACUUCAGCACCACCUCCUCGUCCUCAUCGUCCGAGGACCAACAGGCGCCGGUCAACCUGAGUGAGACCAGACUGCCCGGGACUGCCCUGAUGGGCCCCUUCCAGCCCGACCCCCCAGAUGAGCUGCGCAGGAAGUACCCUGUCAAGCCCCUCCCCCAUGCCGCUGAGCUGCGCCUGGACAGAGACUCGAUCAGGGACUACGGCAACAAGUCUCCUCAGUACAGCUCAGGAAGCUACGACUCAUUGAAGAUGGAGACGUGUGCCGAGGACCUGACCGUGACCAGAAGUGCGGCGGCAGCCGAGGAUGAUGACGAUGACCAUGAAGAUCACGACGACAAUGACAAGAUCAACGACACGGAGGGCGUGGACCCAGAGAGAUUAAAGGCCUUUAACAUGUUUGUGCGUCUGUUUGUGGAUGAGAACCUGGACCGCAUGGUGCCCAUCUCCAAGCAGCCAAAGGAGAAGAUCCAGGCCAUCAUUGAGUCGUGCAGCCGCCAGUUCCCCGAGUUCCAGGAGCGCGCUCGCAAACGCAUCCGCACCUACCUCAAAUCCUGCCGCCGCAUGAAGAAAAGCGGCAUGGAGACACGACCCACACCACCUCACCUCACCUCAGCCAUGGCUGAGAACAUCCUGGCAGCCGCCUGCGAGAGCGAGACACGCAAGGCUGCCAAGAGGAUGCGGCUGGAUGUCUACCAGGCACAUGAGGAGCAGAUAGCACUUGACAAGCCCAGUUCUCGCGAGCCGGCCUCCCUGGCCCACUCUGCCUACUCCCUGGCCGCCUCGGCCUACUCCCAGGACCAGCUCUACACCAACGGUGGGCUCAACAAUAGUUACCGUGGUUACGGGGGUCUGGGAGCUAGCAUGCAACACCCAGUCUCCCUGACAACCGCCACUGCUCAGAGCAACGGCCCUACUGACCUCAGCAUGAAGUCCCUGGGGUCAAACUCUUCAUCGGCCAGCUCAAACAGUCACGGGCGGAGUGCUGGUGUCAUAGGUGGCGGGGCCUCGGCACAGCUCAGCCCAACAGAGAUCACGGCCGUGCGGCAGCUCAUCGCCGGCUACCGCGAGUCGGCCGCCUUCUUGCUCCGCUCGGCCGAUGAGCUGGAGACCCUUAUCCUGCAGCAAAACUGAGCCGGAAACUCCUCCUCCCCGUCUCCCUGCUUCUCCCUCUUUCUCUCUGACUCUCCCACACGACCCCUAACCAACUACUCUCCCACUCACCAGAUCCAUCUGUCUGUGUUUCGUCCUCCCCCACUGACCUGUAUAUUCUCCCCGUCUCCAGAAGGGAGGCAUGCAACAGUGCUACCUUCCUCUAGUGUAAUAUUCUAACACCCCCCCCUGAUUGUUUUAACAUCAGUGCGUGGAGAGAAAGAGCACUGUCUGCGAGGACUUGGGAACAGCGUUUCUCCCCCUCUUGAACCACCUGUAAAGGAACAUGCUCCCUCCCAAUCAUAACAGCUCUGCCUCACUUCCACAGCUCUGUGGAAAGAAGAGGGGUGGCCGGGAGAGAGCCGGAAAUUAGUCUACCAAGUGAUGUGCAGGAGAGUGGUGGGGCUGGAGCGCUGGAGGACACUGCAGGGUUGUGCUGUGAUGAGGAGAGAACAGCGCCCCCUUGUAUGAGGAAGAGAAGUGGAUCCUUUUGGUGUGCCAGUAAGCUCAAUGUGUUACUGUACACAGAUCCCCUCAACAAGCUCGCCAUCCCCAAUAACAAUGAAAACGAGACUCUCUGAACAGUAGUAACAAAAUGUUUGUUCAUGACAAAUACUUUUGAUUUGAGAUCUGAAUUUGUUUGUUUGACUACAAGAAGACAUUUUGAACCACUUUUUGGAUGAACAGAGGCUGAAGAAGGCUGGAAAGAAAGAGACAACUUGUUGCGCUCUGUGUAAAUAAACUCUGUGUCCUAAAGCACUUUCCCAUGAUUCAGACCUCACCUCCCCAUUGAGUAAUAAAGAACUCGAUGUGCCCGGGAGCAACACUUUAUCUUAUGCAUUAUGGAGAUGCCAUCUAUUCCACAUGGAAAUACCUCAGAUCUAUCAACCCACCGUUCGAGUACUUCAUUCCUACUUGGGUGGCGACGUCACACAACGCUCAUCACACAACACUCACCCGUUACUACCUGAUGUGUUCCGUGUUUUCAUAGACCUGCAGGAAGCAAAGUCUUAACCAUUUCAAGAAGUUUCCAGAGUAAAUAUUGUAACUAUAGUUCGAAUUUAAAACAAAAAAAAGUAUUGUUUGUCCUGUUAUUUGUGUACUGUAAAUACUCAGUCCAUAUUUGAUUCUAGAAACACCAUGAAGAGAACACGAAAAAGCAUCAGUAAAGUGAGGGACUGGGGGGCAAGGUAGUAUUUUCCGUGGGAGACUGAACCUCUCUGACGAUAGCUGGUAGUUUUCUUUUUUUGGAGUUCCCCAAUUUUUCCAACCCUCUUGUGGCUCAUUGCUCUCCCAUCAAUUCCAGGUUUUGGUUUGUCCCGAGUCAUCACUCAAUGAUACCCUGUCUUUUUCCGUGUCCGGUUCUGCAUUCCUCUCUCGAACCUAUCCCCCAUCUCCUCCCUGACCUGAGCCCAGUCCAGUUCGGUUCUGGGAGGGAUAACGUAUGUCUUUGUCUAUUGACUCUUUGAGAUGGCCAUUAAUCCACGCUGCUGCUAUAUGUACCGGACUUUUGCCACAGACCUGUAACCUCAAGUCAGGACGCCAUCCUCCUGCACAACCAGAGCACCUCAAGACAACAACACAAACAAAAAGAAGCUAAAACUACUCAAAACCGAUAAGAGACUAAAAUCUUACUUUUAAAAACGACAUGCCAUCCCAGUCAGUUGUUUCUCUUUGCUACUAGGCACUCUGGUUGAUCUUUUUGUUCUUUCAUAGGGCUGUGUUGUUUGUACAGUUUCCUUUUUCUUUUUUGCUUUCUUCAUGACUUUGAAUCUCUGGAGGCAUAUAGGGAUCAACGUGCUCCUCUUGCAGCCACUCACAAGGGUGCUCUGGGCAUAUCUAUUUUACUGUGCAGUCAAAGUCUGGGAGGUUUGUACCUUUUAGAAUGAGUGUGAGAGAAAAAAAAAUGCAAAAUGUUUCUUCAAGAGGCAGGCCUGAAGGGGCUGACUGUUGUGUCACUGUAAUUUGCUCCCUUUUGCACACUGAAGCAACUGAAAUCUGUGACGGAGGCCCUGCUUGUUCAGGGCUCCAUCUUGCACUGGUGAGGUGUGGCCUACUAAAGGAAAGAGGAAGAGUAUUUGCAAUGCAGUUGAUAAUCAUCCUGGCCCUUGACAGCAUAGUGUUAACGAAAAAUAAACAGUGUGGGUGCUACGAUGUUUCACAACCACCACUAUUGGGGGGGGGACUUGUGUAAAUGAAAGCCAUUGAUGUAGGUGUGCUACCUCCAUGGCCUGAGAUUGAACGGAGCACUGUGCUCACUGGUGACACACUCUGAACCACAGAACAACACCUUGAUAAAUCCACCCAGCAUACAUGUGCAAUGUCAAAUCCAUCUCCAUAAUGAGUACACAUUGAUGUACAAAUAUUUAAUUUAUGGAAAUAUUAUGGCUAGAUA